CGCGGCGCUCCGCCUCUCUUUUGCUCCAGCUCUGGUCGCUGAGUCCCGAGCCCCGCGCCCGGUGCCGGCCGAGCAGCCAUGGCCCACUGCAAGGGCGAGCAGGACGACUGGCUGACCGUCUCCCUGAAGUAUUUGCUCUUCGUCUUCAACUUCUUCUUCUGGGUGGGCGGGGCCGCCGUCUUGGCCGUGGGCGUCUGGACCCUGGGGGGGGAGAGCGGCUGCGCGCGCGUCGUGGCCACCGGCUGCGUGGGCUUCCGCGCCAUCGUCCUGGAGCAGAAGAGCUGCCUGUCCACGUAUCUCUGCCUGCUGCUCGUCAUCUUCCUGGUGGAGCUGGUGGCGGGAGUCCUGGCCCACGUGUAUUACCAGAGGCUGAGUGACGAGCUGAAGCAGCACCUGAACCGGACGCUGACCGAGAGCUAUGGGCAGCCCAAAGCCCAGGAGAUCACGGCCGCGGUGGACCUCCUGCAGCAGGACUUCAAGUGCUGCGGGAGCAACAGCUCGGCCGACUGGCAGCACAGCGCCUACGUCCUGUCGCGCGAGGCCGAGGGCCGCCGCGUGCCCGACAGCUGCUGCAAGACCGUGGUGGCACGCUGUGGCCAGAGGGCCCACCCCUCCAACAUCUACAAGGUGGAGGGAGGCUGCAUCACCAAGCUGGAGCAGUUUCUAGCUGACCACCUGCUGCUGAUGGGGGCGGUCGGCCUCGGGGUGGCCUGCCUGCAGAUCUGCGGGAUGGUUCUCACCUGCUGCCUACACCAGAGGCUCCAGCGGCGUCUUGACUGAUGCCGAGCACGUGCCCUUCCGACCACGCCUCACCCGGCGGGUGCCCAUCCCCUCCUGCCAGCCUGCCCUCUGCACCAGCCGGACAGCCGUCGCUGCCCUACUACGUGCCCAGUCCCUGUGAGCCCAAGUGCCUGAGACUGCAGCUCCUGCUGUCUCCCCAUUCCUGAGUACUCACUGCCCGAACCUGGGCAGGGGGCUGUCUGCAGGAGUCAGCCAGAGCCUCUCCAGGCGUGGGGCCCCAGGGCGCUCUCCCCACCCCAGCCCUGCACAUCUGGGCCCUCUAGGAGAUGCAUGAGGUGGAGCAGUGAGACCUGCCUGCCACCCCCCCACACCGUCACCUGCAGAGCCCUGUCCAGCCAACUGUGUCCCUCCUGCGGGGCUGAGCAGGAAAGGUGGGAGCAGGGACGAGGCGCAAGGUGGCCACAGCAGCCAGCUGUACAGAGACGCCCUGGGGACUGCCUGGGCCACCGUGGAGCUCCUUCAGCCGGCUUCAUCCAGCUCUCCUCGGGGUGGAGCACCCCCACGUGGCCAAACCGUAGGCUCUGCAGGGCAUGGAGGGUGUGCCCCAGCCUCAUCCUCCCGGGGCCCUCCCUGACCACGUGGCCUCCACACUGCCUCGAGGGGGCUCCCCGCUCUGCCCUCCAGUCCCUCCUCCCGUUGGUCCUCUCUGCAUUGUUGAUUUAGCCUAGGGGUCUUCAGGAAUGGUUUUCCUAGGAACUAAAAGAGAACGAAGAACAGGCUAGAACACACGGAGUGUAGACCCUGGCAGCUUCCCAAGAAAAGAGGCCAACCUGAGGAACAGCCACAGCCCCGCCCCACGACGGUACAGGGGGCAGCUCAGGACACGGGACCCCGCACCCCUCCACAGCCCCCGGGGCCCGUGUUUCUCCAUGAGGGGCACCCCUUCCUCCCCACAUGAAAGGAGCAGCCCACUGGGCCAAGGUGGGGCAAGAGAGGUCACGCCUUGCACCCCGCUUGGUCCAGGUCACAGUCUCACCAGUGCAGCUUCAGGCAGGCCUGGGGACGGGGCGGCCUCUCCCCCAUACACUGUCACCAGCACAGCCCUGCCCUGUCCAAAAGCUGCAUCCUCCGAGCAGGGGUGCCCACACGGACAGAGGGAAGACCAGCUGGUGGGAGCCACCACCUAGAAGGUCCAGGAAGAGCAGCUUCCCUGCAAUCCCAGCUGCACCGUGGCCGAGAGAAACGGCCUAACGUGUUAGCUUUGCGGUCCCAACCUCCGGGGUCCCACAGGCACCAGGAGCUGACCCAGCUCUGGGCCCUCUGGAGGGCUGACGUCCACCAAGUCGUACAGAGUCAGGGCUGCAGGACGGGGUGCCAUGUCUGCUGGCGGGCCCCCCACUGCCCUGGAGAUGGAGGUAGAGGGGACAGCAGGGCCACCUGCACAGCCGCACCCCGAGGGCAGGCCGUGGGCUCGGUGAGGCUGGCCUGACCAGGCAGGAUUAGCUGCAUGAUCCCUGCGGCUGGGGCCGGGCUGGUCCUGGCAGCAGAGUGAAGACCACCCAGGGCCUGCUGGAAGUACAGCCGCCUGUUCUUGUCGGCAGCGUGGGAGAUGACAGGACUAGGGGAAACGCAGGCCGGGAAUAGGGCAACUUCUGCCCGGGAGGGUGCCGAGGGGGUCUGGGCCAAGGAAGCAGUACCCAGUGGGGUGUGUCCCCCUGCUGGCCAGGAUGCAGAGCAGGCACUGACACCUCCCAGGGCCUGGGGAGCGUCACAGCCAAGACACCUGGAGAGGGGAUAGGCCUCUAGAAGACACUAUCAUCUCUGUGUGGGCUAAAGGCCCCUGGACACAGGACCCACCAGAACUGACACUGGAACCACCCCACUCAGGCCCCGCGUCCUCACCAAAUAGCCGCACUUGGGGAGUGGCCUGCCCCAGGCCCCGAUGGGUGGUGUGUGCUGCGGGAGUCAGGAAUGAAACCUGAGCUUUGGUGAGGGGGUGCCAUGUUUGGGCCCAUUCUCUCCCCAACAGUCCAGCCCCAAUCUGGGAGCCCCUCAGGGGUGUCCAGGGGCUUUACUGGGGACGGACUCUGCUUAGAAUGGGCAGGCCCCAACAGGAGGGUAUGUGUCCCCAUUUUGCAGGUGGGGAGGCUGAGGCUCUGAAGGCAGGAGGCUGCUGAUCAGCAGUAAUGGCCAUGGCUAUGCCCCUGCCCCCCCAAGCUGGUAGACCCAGGCAGCUGGGCUGGGAGCCCCCUCAGCCUCCGCCAUGCUCCAUCCCUAUAGCAAGCCAGCAGAGAGCACAGCACCCCUCCUGGGGUGUCAUCAGACCCCUCACAGCGCCUGGCACCAGCUGCCCCCAGUCUGCGGUCGAGGGACGUCUAGUUUCUCUCAGGCCCACAGAGUGGCUCAGGCAGCAGGAAGGGUCCUGCCCACUCCCAGGUGCCAACAUAACACCAGUGGGAGCAGGGAUAUCCCUCAGCUCUCUCGGUCCACCAGAGGCAGACCCACGCCCACCCGGGGAUGCCGCCUGGGGCAGAAGGGCCUCUCCCUACCCCACAUGGGGCAGAGAAGACCUGGGGUCUCGGCCACGAUCAGGGCAGGCAGGGGCACCCUGGGUGGGUGUUCUGCUCAGCUCCUUGGAUGAGGCUGUCCCUGCCUUCUUUCCCAGCACUGGGCUCUCUCGGAUGACGUUGUCCCAGGGAGCGUUCAGAGCCAAGACCAGUGUGGCACUUGGGGCGGAGGGUGACAGGCCCAUGUGUGGGCCCCAGGACGCGCAUGCACUGGGAUAAGCUCGCUUCUGGGCUUGGAGGGCAAGGAGGGAAUGGGGACACCUAUCCCCACACACUCCACCGCAGCCUGGAGAACAUUCUCUGCUCCCCGGCUGCUUCCUGCCUGACCCGGAGGGGGAGGGAGGGGAGAAAGGGAAGCCGGUAGACUGGCUAAGGGGAGAAGCAGCCAUCACACCGCCACCGGGUGGCGCUCACUUCCACCGGGACCAAGUGUGGAACCCAGUGUUCAAAGUUGAGGGAGCAUCAGGACGGCUGGGGGCCUUUCCCCUCCCCAGAGUGUCCAGUCAGGACUGCGGGCAUAAUGACUUAUAGUUCUUUCUUUUUUAAAGAGAUUUUUUGCUGCAGGGCACAUGCGCUUGCCAGAGAGACAGAAAGUGAGAAAUCUCCCCCCAGGGAGCAUGGCCAGCACAAUCCCUUCUCCUCUGGGCUCCUGGGCACAAUUUGCAUUUCUAAGUCACACCCAGGCCAUGCCAGUGCUAUGGGACCUGGCCUGCACUGAGAACCCUGCUUCAGGCCACUCCGGAGCAGGCAGCCGCUGCCUUCCUCCUCGUGCCACAGCCUCAGGUCCAGAGCCCUCCCGUCAUCCGGCCAAGUCCCACUGAGACCAGCCCCCCUCUGCGUGAGCAGCUGGUGAGGCAGGCGUGGCGGGG